GUAACCCUUACGUACCGGGGUUUCCAGUGUUUGGGUCCAGUCCUGGUCCAGUCCCUGAACCGAGCAACAGAUGAACCUUCAGCAUGGCUUUAAAUCGUAAUCACUCACAGAACGGAGGUGUUUUGAUUAACAAUGGCGAAAGCAUUGUCCGGGAAUGUAAGAGUGUGGAGCUGUCACUCAAUGAUGUCAAAACCAAGGCAGAUCUGUUGAAAGGCUCCAAAAAGGGCAAUGUGUACCUCACUCCUUAUAGGUUGGUAUUUGUCUCCACUAAUGCAAAGGACCAUGUGGUUUCGGCAAUGUUCCCUUAUCACCUGAUGAAGGGCUGCAGCAUUGAACAACCAGUCUUUGGAGCCAAUUACAUCAAAGGGAAUGUGAUGGCUGAAUAUGGAGGUGGCUGGGAUGGCACAGCACAAUUCAAAAUGACUUUUAUGUCUGGUGGAGCCAUCGAUUUUGGACAGUAUCUUUUUAAAUUAGCCACAAAUGCCUCUCGUGCACCCCCAGCUCAAAAUGGGGCUGCUGCAUAUGGCUAUCCUUCACCAGUAAUGAUGAACUCUUACGGCCCACCCCCUCCUGCUCCAGCCUAUCCUUAUCCUGGCCCUCCUCAGCCCAGUGGUUACUAUCAGGCUCCCCCACCUGCUGCUGGCAACAUGGCGUAUCCCUAUCCUCCACCUGCUCCAGGAAUGUUCCCAUCUGGAUAUGACUACAUGGCACCACCCCCAUAUCCUGGACCACCACAGAACUGGACAGCACCACCAGCUACUGUUCCUCCAGGCAAUUCCAAAGCAGCUGAAGCAGCUGCUAGUGCAUAUUACGAUCCCAGCAACCCUCACACUGUCUACAUGCCCAUGGAGCGACCACCUCCUUAUGCACCAAACUUUCCAGAAAAGAAAAACAACUGAAGGACUGCAGGAACCGGAACAGAACAGAACAUUAAACAUAGCAUGAUUUAUGUGUCACAAUACACAAUACAGCAUAAUACAUGUAUAUACUCUUAAUUAUAUUCACUUUGAUGAUUGAAACUGAGGAAAGGAAAUGGUGUAUUUUUAUGAAAGAUUUUAUAUGAUUCCAUCAGAGUUCAAAGUAGAAUCUAAUGUGUAGGUUUUUAUUAUCGAUAUGUAUUUUAUCAUUGCAAGUAGCAUUUUGUACUGAAAUUCUAUUUGAUAAGAUGCUGAAGAUUGCGGUAUUAUGCAAGAACAGUUUUCCAGUAUUCUCCAUCUUUUCUUUAAGAUUAUUAUAAACAAAUAACAGGUUAAAGAGGGUUGUAGUUGACUGUAUGUGCAAUAUAAUGAUAAAGGACAAGCUGACCUAAAGUAAGUUCAAGCUGUUGCGGUGUUCAGGUAUGCAACUCCAAGCUGAAACAGAACCCCUCUCUUUGUGUAAGUACACCAGUGUGGGGUUACAAGGCCAUGCUGUAUGUUAGUCUCAUUAAAGUCUCAUUACAGUGGGGAGUGCCAUCACUGAACUGUGUAAAUCGAUUUCUACCUUUUAAUCCAGAAUUUAUUGAAAGCACUAAACUGCAAACUUGUUCUUAGUCAGUAAAUUUUACUUAAGAGUUUAACUACUAACAACAUUAUUUAGUUUUAUUUUUGCUUCAAUUUCAGUUUUGUCCAUUCAAAUAAACUCAACUCCCAAAUACA